AUGUUACAGAGUCUUCUCCGGCCAGUACGCCGCCUAUCUUUGUGGCUCGUCGUGCCAAUUACUGCAGCAUUAUUCCUCGAAGUGUGCCUACACCUGUACUACUACCACGUCCCGAUUCCCGAUCAUGAGCUCGACACCCCGUUCUUUACUUCCUGUCAAGAGCCCGACCUCAGUCCGAGCACGCCACGGGAGAAUGCCGUGCUGGUCAUGCUAGCCCGUAACUCGGAACUUAAAAAGGCCAAGAUCACCAUCGAGAGUAUCGAGCGCUCUUUCAAUCGCUGGUACAAUUACCCGAUCGUGUUUUUGAACGAUGAACCAUGGAGCCAGGAGUUCGUACGGCAGCUCAACGAGACGAGCAAGGGAAAGGCGUCAUUUGAGGUUAUACCGAAGGGUCAAUGGACAUUUCCGGAGUGGGUUGAUGCGGAAUCGGCCAGGCAGAGUAUGAAACAACAGGGGCAACGGGGGAUCCCCCAUGGUGGUGAUGAGGGUACCAUCAUAUGUGCCGGUUUUACUCUGGAAUUCUACCAAUUGGAAGCCCUCAAGAAGUACAAGUGGUACUGGCGGCUCGAGCCGGAUGUCGAGUUCUCCUGCUCUAUAACGUACGACCCGUUUGUACAGAUGGCGAAGAACAAGCAUGUGUACGGGUUUACCAUUGCGCUAUGGGAAGUAGGGACCACCUGUCCGUCCCUCUUUCGAAAUGUCGUCAACUGGAUGGAACAGCACGAAAUCAAACCCAGCGAUCUCUGGAAGGCUACUAUGGAGGGCUCUUGGAUGCCGUACCCGUUCCGCAAGUUGAUGAGUCUCCUGCCUCAUCGCGAUCGCCGUGGAGAUGCCUGGAGUCUCUGUCAUUAUUGGAGCAAUUUCGAGAUCGCCGACAUGGAUUUCUUCCGCAGCCGGCAGUACCAAACCCUUUUCGAAUACCUGGAUGGAAAAGAAGGGUUUUAUUAUGAACGCUGGGGAGACGCCGCAGUGCACUCACUCGCCGUAGCCAUGCUCCUCAAACCCGAAAAGGUCCACCACUUCGAGGAUUUCGGCUACAGGCACGGCAAUUUCUACCAGUGCCCGGCUAACGCCCCCGGCGGCCAGUUGCCCGAGUCAGAACGAUUGGGCAAAGCUACGCUACCCAAAGGCAACCCCGAAGUUGAAGGGGGCAUCGGCUGCCGGUGCCAAUGUGAUCGUCGGCCACAUGGCGGGCGGAACUUUUCGGGAUAUUGUAUGACGCUCCAGCAGCCUAAUAGUCGCGAGAGGCCGUGGCUCGCGUGGUUUCUCCAGGACAGAUCCAUGUGGCGGGUGCGGGUCUUGGUCUUUGGAGCUGUUUGCGGUUGUGCGGUUCUGGGGGUCAGGUGUUGGCUGUCUAGAUGGAGCAGGCGGAUCAUCAUCGGGGUGGUGGUGAUGCUGGGUUUGGCGGUGUUCUUGAACACCAUGUCCAGGAUUAUGUAA